UGUGACCGCGCUUCCGUGUGCAGCCGGAUAUCUUUGCAUCUUGUGUACCGUCGACGUUUGGCGGAGCAACCCUGUGCAGUGUAACAGAUUCUUCCAAAUCGUUGAACGGCUUUUGACAUAUAAUCAUGCCUGCAUUCCCGGAGCUGUAUUUUAAUGUGGAUAAUGGCUAUUUAGAGGGGCUGGUGAGAGGCUUCAAGGCUGGAAUCCUUUCGCAGGGCGACUAUCUCAACCUAGUCCAGUGCGAAACCUUGGAAGAUUUGAAGCUGCACCUCCAGAGCACGGACUAUGGGAGUUUCCUAGCUAACGAGGCCUCGCCUCUCACCGUCUCCGUUAUUGAUGACAAGCUGAAAGAAAAAAUGGUUGUGGAGUUUCGUCACAUGAGGAACCAGUCCUAUGAGCCACUUGCUAGUUUUAUGGAUUUCAUCACGUACAGUUACAUGAUUGAUAAUGUCAUCCUUCUGAUCACGGGCACUCUGCACCAGCGUGCCAUCUCUGAGCUGGUACCCAAGUGCCAUCCGCUGGGCAGCUUUGAACAGAUGGAGGCUGUCAACAUUGCCCAAACACCAGCUGAGCUCUACAAUGCCAUCCUGGUCGACACCCCACUUGCUGCAUUCUUUCAGGAUUGCAUAUCUGAGCAGGACUUGGAUGAAAUGAACAUUGAAAUUAUAAGAAAUACCCUCUACAAGGCAUAUUUGGAAUCUUUCUACAAGUUCUGCACUUCACUGGGCGGAACCACGGCAGACACUAUGUGUCCCAUUCUGGAAUUUGAGGCGGACAGGAGGGCGUUCAUCAUCACCAUUAACUCCUUUGGCACUGAGCUGUCCAAAGAGGACAGGGCCAAGCUCUUCCCCCACUGUGGCAAGCUGCACCCUGAGGGGCUGGCUCAGCUGGCCCGUGCCGACGAUUAUGAGCAAGUCAAAGCCGUGGCUGAUUACUACCCCGAAUACAAGCUCCUCUUUGAGGGAGCUGGCAGCAACCCAGGAGAUAAAACACUUGAAGACAGAUUUUUUGAACACGAGGUGAAGCUGAACAAGCUAGCAUUCCUGAACCAGUUUCACUUCAGUGUCUUCUACGCUUAUGUCAAACUGAAGGAACAAGAAUGCAGGAACAUCGUGUGGAUUGCAGAGUGCAUUGCCCAGAGACACCGUGCUAAGAUUGACAAUUAUAUCCCCAUCUUCUAAUCUCCCACCACACCCACUCUACAUCCUACAUAUUCUGUGUGGUGGUCAGUGAGUUCUUCAGUGUCUGGAUAUUUUGCUGAGAGCAAGAAAAUUUAUUUUUUCAUUGACAUCUUUUGUUUUCUCAUGCCUAAAUUAAAACACUAAAUAACUCGUUUCCUUCCUGCAGCUGUGAAAUCUUGACAGAUUUACAACAUUGUAAGCGUAGGCAUUAUGAUUUCUCUUCUUUUGUUGAAAAUGAAAUGAAAGGCAUUGUGCCUGUAAUGGAGCAUUUAUUUAUUUGUGUUUUGAUGUAUGUUUCAAGUACCCUUUGCUUCAUAAAAACUGUACUGCUUUUGUUCUUACCUGUAGAACCUUUAGCAAACUUCAUUACUAUUUGUUAAAGAAAGCCCAUUGUAGAAGCCCUCUGCCCUCAGUAGAAUCCACUUAAACUGGCUGUGCAGUUACACUGUAAGAACUUCUUUUUUGCCCCAUAACCUUUAUGGCUUUUUUACACCUGCUUAAAAAUAUGAGUUUCUGUGUUUAAGGUUACCUGCUAAAGGUAUGAUUGAUUACAGACCAGAUAAUGUGGGGAUAAAUAGUUUUUGGAAACUUAAGUGGUUGUCAACAAAACUGAUAAUUAUAGAUACAUUCCAUGGGAACUGCUAAUUAUAGAUAUGUAUAAUCUUGUCAUUUACAGGCAGGCAAAAACUGGUUCUUCUAAGCAUUGUGAAUUUCCUGGUGUUGAAUUCCGAUCACAUUAUUUGCAUUUACUUGCAGUAUUUUCUCCCUAAUAGAAAUCCUUUAUACCAGUGUGCAUGCAACUGUAUUUAGAAUGAUGUUUACAUUUAAAAGGUACACUUCUCAUAUUUUUAUGUUGUGGUAAUAUGAUCUUCCCCACAAAUGUGUCUUCUGUCUUGUACUCUGCAAACAAGUGUCAGGAAAAAUAGUCUAUGAUAUAAAAGAUAUUUCGGAAACAAACCAAAGAAAGCGUAACAUUAGGUGUUCAAAGGAUGCAGCUGUGUGUCUAUAAUAAAACACCUCUAGCUUGUAGUGAGUAUUCAGAUUAUCUUAUAAAAGAAGUUGUUACAGCUGUUAAACUAAAUACAAAGAGGUUUGCAUCAGUGGUUCUCAAAUGUUUUUGGGUGAUGGAUUGCUUAGCAAGUGUCAUUUUUUUGUCAAUCAGUGUUGUCAACCAGACUAUUCAAAAGCUUUUUUAUUUUUGUUCUGAUGACACAUCAGCAAAUUGAAGCCAUUUUGAUUGAGUGAAUUGACAUGAAUAUGAAGGACAGAUAAAUUUUAUGUUCACCAACAUUAGCUCAAAGCUGUAAAGUUGAAACUGUAAACAGUGCUAAUUUGCAGCAUGAAGCAGGCAAGUCAUGGCAAUUGUGCAAGUCAGACUAGGCCAUUGCACCGGAUUCACUUCCUUGUUUUCAUACUGAUGGAAAAUCCGACUUCAAUUUUUUUGUCAUUAGAAACUAUAUUGGGAACAUCAGAGAGCAGGUGUCUGUGAGCAUAGCAUAUGCUGACUAUGCGAAUCCAACUCAGUUUAAUUUUUCUUGCUAAAACUCAUCUUCGGCCGUGUAUUGUCUGUCUGGAUAAAAUGAAUUUCUAGCUAGCUAUAAUACACAGCUAGCUAAUGAACUGGCAAUUUAUCUAGCUGCCAAGUGAUACAAUAAUUAGCUAGCUGGCAAACCAGUUAUUGUUAUGUAGGGAAACCCUUUCACUGUAGGCUAUUCUCUGUUUUUUCAAUGCCA